CCCUUCCGUGGUUUAAAUAGGUCACGGGCCACGAUGACAUGCAUCCCGCGACCUCCCCCGACCCCUUGCCGGAUUACAGGUGUCGCGGCCCGGCGUCUGCUCGUACAGUUGGUUUCCUUGGCUGGUAGGAGUCGUGGUGCAUGGUCACGGCCGCGCCGGCAGGACCGCAGCAGAAGUGAUCGGGGAGCGCUCUUGGUUGUGGCGGCGGCUCCUUGGCUGCGGGGUUUGGGAUCCUAGGAAGUAAGCGUUUGGAGGCCAGAAGAUUCCUGCAUGUUUAGGUAAUGGCGUCUACUGCAAAGGAAAAAACAAAGGGCUGUCGACCAAAACUUUUUACAGCCAAGGAGAAGAAAGUUGCAAAGAGCACAAAGAAUCCAGGCCGCCAUGCUGCUAAGCUUGCGCCAAGUUCUUCUAAGACAUCAUCAUCAUCCCCCUUGAGAACGUUUUCAGAGGUUAAGAGCAUGCGCCUCAGCCAUUUCCUUGCCCAAUCUUCUAAUAACACUACAACUGAACCCAUCAGAAUAUUUGUUUCCACCUGGAAUGUUGGAGGAAAAACACCUAUUGCUGCACUGAACCUGGAUGACUUUAUCCCCCCUGAUGACAAUUCCGAUAUUUAUGUUUUGGGUUUUCAGGAAAUUGUCCCUCUCAAUGCUGGUAAUGUGCUUGUAAUAGAAGACAAUGAACCAGCUGCUAGAUGGCUUGUUCUUAUAAACCAAUCACUAAAUCGACCAGCUGACAUUGAUGCCAACGUCUUUCAGCAUGAACCAUCUCCCUCUGUUGAUUCUUCUUCCUCUCGAGCUUCAUCAAGCAUCGGCACCUCAUUCUCCGACCUAUCAAAAACAGCAAGUGGUGCCACAAUCUUCCAGAAUUCCUUGUUAAAAGCCAUUAGCAAAUCUUUCAUGCCAGUGCGUAGAAAACAACUUAAGGCCUGCAAUUGCCCGGUAGAAAUGACCAGAACGUCCUACAGGGAUGCUUGCUUUGGAUGUCAAAAAGCAUAUGCAGAUGAGACUGAUUCCUCUGGAGAGGAUGAAGAGAAAGGGAAAGAUAAAGAGAAAUCAAGGGACUCUGAUGGCUCUGUGGUCGAUGGAAUUACUUCUGGUCCUGCCACUAGGGAUCAACUAAAAUAUAAUCUCAUAGCGUGCAAACAAAUGGUUGGCAUUUUUGUUACUGUGUGGGUGAAGAAAGAGCUAGUGCAGCAUAUUGGGCAUCUAAGGAAGGCUUGCAUAGGGCGCGGGAUUCUGGGCUGUCUUGGAAACAAGGGAUGUAUAUCAAUAAGCAUGACACUGCACCAGACAAGCUUUUGUUUCGUAUGCAGCCAUUUGGCUUCAGGUCAAAAAGAAGGAGACGAAUUCAGGAGGAACUCGGAUGUUCUAGAGAUAAUGAGGCUCACAAUGUUUUCUAGGAUCUGUAGAAGAGCUGGAAGAAAAAUCCCGGAGAGAAUAGUUGACCAUGAUAAGGUGAUAUGGCUUGGUGAUCUGAACUACCGUAUUGCACUGAGCUAUGCAGAUACCAAGAAGCUUUUGAUGGAAAAUGACUGGGAUGCUCUUUUUGAAAAGGAUCAGCUUAAAAUUGAACGGGACGCUGGGCGAGUAUUUAAGGGUUGGAAUGAGGGGAAGAUAUAUUUUGCUCCAACAUAUAAGUACUCCUUUAACUCAGAUGCUUAUGCUGGUGAGACUGCGACAUCAAAGAAAAAGAGAAGAACUCCUGCGUGGUGUGACAGAAUAUUGUGGCGUGGUGAUGGGAUUGUACAAUUAUCCUACUACCGCGGGGAGUCUAGAUUUUCUGAUCACCGUCCUGUUUGUGGAACCUUCGCUGUUGAGGUUGAGGUGCUAAACAAGAAGACAAACAGGCGCUCAUCAAAUGCUGACAUGAGAAUUGAUGCUGAAGAGCUCUUACCCACGGGCAAGGGCAAGGGUAAAAGAGAUGAGAAUCAUGUUGCACGCGAGGAGGAGAGGCUAGUAUUGCAGCCGGACUCGCAGAUGCCGUACGUUCCCUCCUCAUUGAUGUUCCAACGGCCAGCGCUCAAGAUGGACGGACGAUUCACCGGCUCGGCCCACAACAGCUCAUCACCACCCAUGUUUCCCUCUCACCACCCGUGCCAAACAGCCAAUUCAUCGCAGCCACCGGUACCGCGCGCCGCUGGGCAGCAUUUGCUACCUUGUCGCGUCCGUGCGUGGAUCGUGACUCCUUGAAUUGUGGCCCGGGGCAGAGGAGGAAUAAGCCAGCCAUCGAGAUCGAGAUUGAACUGCAUGCAUACAGUGCUCCGUAGUAGAAACAUACCAAACACACGCUCAUCAAGGGGAAUUAUUACAAGCUAGGAAACAAAUCCGGAAGAAUCUCGUGCCUGGAACAGCUAGCUGUUUGUACGUGAAUUAACGAACUAGUACCAUAAUG